AUGGUGAUGAAGUUGGACGAGGACAAGGACAAGGACAAGGACGAGGACGAGGACGAGGACGAGGAAGGAGCCAUGAGCUCGCCCGCUGCUGCUCCUCCUCCACUGGACAACCACCGCGCGCGAGACCUGGGGUACCGGGAUGCAGCGCAUCUGCAGCACGAGUUUGAGAAGGCGGCGAGGAUUGUACGGGAUGAUCAGGAUGAGAUGGUGCGGGAGGCGACGUCAGCAGACAAGCUGAGGCUGUAUGGAUACUACAAGCAG